GCCCUUCGAACGCACCUCCAGGAUUUCUAUUGUCGGCUUUGAGUGUGUUGGAUUCCUGGGUGAAGAUGUGAACAGUGUUGAGAUGUCUUGACCAGCCUUCCGAUCUGAAUGCUGUUUGGGUUCAGGCCUUGAGUCACCUAGGUUGGGCAUUGUGGACAAGAUGUGCCAUGCCCAUGCGUUCUUUUGAACCUCAUGCCCCUACAGUGGUAGGCGGAGCAAGGUGAUGCCUAGAGCUUUGUCCUUGGCAAGAGCAUUGAACUUCAGGAGACCUACAGUUGAUGAAGGGUCUGCCGGGUGUGCACCUUCAGAUGCUCCCAAAAGGAGCGUGUCGCAGCCGGCCUGGAUGGCUUGAACUUGGCAGCCUUCCAGUCCUGCUUCGACUUGGCCUCCCAUUAGCUUCCAGGCGGUGAGUAGCACGUCACCGACGAGGCCUUUUGAUGAGAUAGCCAACCUCCUUCGACCGCUUGACCGACCAGAAAUGUCGACAAGAAGUCAAGAGACCACGAGUUCAAGGAACUACGUGAUCACGUCGGACCUUUACCAGGGCACAAAAGCAUAACGGCAACCUGCCUGAGGCAGAGGAUGUAAACAUGAAGGAUAAUAAAUGGCCCUCCAGAGUGAACACUUCUACAUAGACAUGAAGGCCCUCCAGACGCGGCAGUGAUGUUUGUGAUGAUGCAGGCCCGCCCUGAAAGAAUUGAUCCACUGCCACCGAUCCACGUCACCAACUUCUGGCUCUUUGGCUUUGUAGAGCCAACGUCCAGGAUUUCUAUUGUCUGGCUCAUCCAACUUGUGCCCAUCUUUGGAGGUCUAAAGAAGCUGCCACGCUCAACUGCUUGCUCAGGUCCGACUACACAUUUGAGGGAGGAACUUGAGAAGAUGGAUGAUGGAAAACGCUCAUCGCGGAGGAAGAUGAAGAAACCUUCCAAGGUCCGCUGUAAGUGGUAGUCUUGGACUGGGAAGGCGUGUUUGACACAUCAGCCAAUGAGCAGAGCUUGCCACCAUCGCUCCAGGUGGCGCUGAUUCGAGACUCGAUGUCAAAACAAGUUCAAGGAUCGUUGGGUGCUGCAGAACGGCAACCCCGCGGAUGUGCUGAUGAAAUUUGCGCAAGCCCAUGAGGUCCCGAUGCUUGUGCGUCUUGAAGCAAGGCAUUGUCAGCUCCAGAUUGAAGCUGAAGUGACCAAGUCAAGAGUCAAAACAUCAUCACAUAGAACGAAUAGUGGGGCUGAUGAUGAUGUGAGCAGCCUUGAGAUGUCCUGACCAUGCUGUCUGGCUUCUGACGUGGAGUCACCUAGGUUGCGCAUUGUGGGCAAGAUGUGCCAUGCCCGUCCCAUUCCCUUGAAGCUUGCGAUUGUUUCUUCAGCUUCCUGCCUCUAUAUACAUGUUUCAACGUUUGGCCCUUUGGCUUGGCUACUAUCUUGGAAGGAGCUCGCCCCCAUGCUUCGAGAAUGCAGGUACAACUUGGGAGAGGCUGAGGAAGAGGAUGAAGGAUUGUCCAAGGACACGGAUGGAGGGAUGACCUAUCGUGGUCAUGCAGUGUCUAUCCCUUCGGAGAAGAUCAAGGCAAAAGUCAAGAUUUGCUUGGAAUCAGCCAAAGCAGUCCAGGCGGAUGCUGAUUCAGAGAACCGGGGUCCAGCUUCGACCGAGAAAUAUGGUGAAAUUUCGAUCGAAUUUGGCGAGGUGCUCAAGGACAUUCAUGGUGAGAUUAUAGCUGCAGGCGCUGAUGCUGACACAGCCGAAUGGCGGACUGCUGAGGCCUUUAUCAGAGAAGCUUCCCUUUGUUUGAGUGUUGAGCGAAACCUGAUGCUGCUAAAGUCCCAUUUGACUAAGCUGGACGACACAGAAGAUGUAAACACCAUUGACUCCAGACGCUAUUGCCGUCCGGAGGAGGGAAUGCGCUUCUGCGAGCUAAUCAAGGAAGAUCUGGCAGCCUUGGCACAACUGCCAGAGUCCUCGCCAGACUUAUUGUUCUGGUUGUCUCCGCUGGAAAAGGCAGUUCUUGACUACAGAUGCAUGUACCUGGCACUUUGUCAUACAGCUCUUGGAAAGCUGCUCGAGGCGAGUCAAGUCCACUUGAUUGCAGGGAACAAGGAAAACAAACUAUGUGGAAAACCUGCUUGA